GGCGAAGCGGGCAGGGCGGGGCGCGCAUAGCGGGAGCGAGCCCGGCGCCCACCGCAGAGACUGUCGCCUGGUGCCUAGCUGCUGUCUGCGGGACUGCAUAGGAACCCCUCGCGGUGCCUCGGGCCCCGGCUCUGGGUGGAGGCCGUGUCUAUUCGGAGUGGGCCUGGACGGGUACACCCACGUGUGGAUCUCGGCGGAGCGCUUCUCCCACGGCCCUCCCGUUCCCAACAGGAAUAUCCACGGACUGAAGUGAUGGAGCGCGGUCCAGCCGUCUGCUGCCAAGACCCUCGAGCGGAACUGGUAGAGCGGGUGGCAGCCAUCAGUGUGGCCCACCUAGAAGAGGCAGAGGAGGGCCCAGAGCCUGCCAGCAAUGGUGUGGACCCCCCACCCCGGGCCAGAGCUGCCUCUGUGAUCCCUGGCAGUGCUUCAAGACCCACACCAGUGUGUCCCAGCCUCUCAGCUAGAAAGUUCUCCCUGCAGGAAAGACCAGCUGGAAGCUGUCUAGAGGCUCAGGUUGGGCCUUACUCUACAGGACCUGCCAGUCACAUCUCUCCUCGGGCUUGGCGGAGACCCACCAUCGAGUCCCACCAUGUGGCCAUCUCAGACACAGAGGACUGUGUGCAACUGAACCAGUACAAGCUGCAGAGUGAGAUUGGCAAGGGUGCCUAUGGUGUGGUGAGGCUGGCCUACAAUGAAAGUGAAGACAGACACUAUGCAAUGAAAGUUCUUUCCAAAAAGAAGUUACUGAAGCAGUAUGGCUUUCCUCGCCGUCCUCCCCCGAGAGGGUCCCAAGCUCCUCAGGGAGGGCCAGCCAAACAGCUGCUGCCCCUGGAGCGUGUAUACCAGGAGAUUGCCAUUUUAAAGAAACUGGACCACGUGAAUGUAGUCAAGUUGAUCGAGGUCCUGGAUGAUCCUGCUGAAGACAAUCUCUAUUUGGUGUUUGACCUCCUGAGAAAGGGACCAGUCAUGGAAGUGCCCUGCGACAAGCCCUUCCCAGAGGAGCAAGCUCGCCUCUACCUCCGGGACAUCAUCCUGGGCCUCGAGUACUUGCACUGCCAGAAGAUUGUGCACAGGGACAUCAAGCCGUCCAACCUGCUCCUUGGGGACGAUGGGCACGUGAAGAUCGCCGACUUUGGUGUCAGCAACCAGUUUGAGGGGAAUGAUGCUCAGCUGUCCAGUACGGCAGGGACCCCAGCAUUCAUGGCCCCGGAGGCCAUUUCUGACACUGGCCAGAGCUUCAGUGGGAAGGCCUUGGAUGUAUGGGCCACUGGGGUUACACUGUAUUGUUUUGUCUACGGGAAGUGCCCAUUCAUUGAUGAGUACAUCCUGGCCCUGCACAGAAAGAUCAAGAAUGAGGCCGUGGUGUUCCCUGAGGAGCCAGAGGUCAGCGAGGAACUCAAAGACCUGAUCCUGAAGAUGCUAGACAAGAAUCCUGAAACAAGAAUUGGGGUGUCCGAUAUCAAGUUACACCCUUGGGUGACCAGGCAUGGAGAGGAACCCCUCCCUUCAGAGGAGGAACACUGCAGCGUGGUCGAGGUGACUGAGGAGGAGGUGAAGAACUCAGUCAAGCUCAUCCCCAGCUGGACCACUGUGAUCCUGGUCAAGUCUAUGCUGAGAAAGCGUUCCUUUGGAAACCCAUUCGAGCCCCAAGCACGCAGGGAAGAAAGAUCUAUGUCUGCACCAGGAAACUUACUGUUGAAAGAAGGAUGUGGAGAAGGGGGCAAAAGCCCAGAGCUUCCCGGAGUCCAGGAAGAUGAGGCUGCAUCCUGAGUCCCUGCAUGUGCCCAGGGCCAUCGGCAGCAUGCUCAUUCCGCUCCUCCAGAGGCCCACCGCCCUCAUGCAAUCGUCGCCCCUGCAGGCAGGGGGCUGGGGACUGCGGCCCCUCUCCUGGCCCCCCUCACCCAUUGUGCUGCAUGACCUGCGCACAGGCAUAUCCAGGGACAGGAUUGGAAUGUGUAUCAUUUGGGGCUCGGGGGUCCCGGUUGGUUCUCUCUGUUCUGAUCCAUCUUGCGGGGAAUAUUAGAAACCCUACCUGACUGGCUGGUGAGGCCCAGGGCAGAAGGCAAGAGACCAAAAUAGCAGGUGGAGACCUGGUGGGCUGCUUCUCAGAGAACUCCCAUAGGGAUCGGUGGCCUGCCCAGCUGCUGCACACAAGGAGGAGCGAUUGUGUCACCUCUGUGUGGAAGGUGCUGAGUGCUGGAGUCCUCAGAUCUCUAGUGUGGAUGCUACAAGUAAUGAGGCGUGCCUGGGAGAAGACUGAUCUUGAGAAUCCAGAUUCCUCUCAUUGUCUUUUACCUGAGGGCGUGGGUGGGAGCAGCUGUUAUGGAGAGCAUCUUCCGGCUUUGGGUAGUCGUGGCACACUGUACGGCAGUCACGAGGAUCUGACAUUCAUAGACUGUGUUUUACACUUGGCACUCGCCGGAGAAAGGACCAAAGUGAAUCCAGCUUAGAGCACAGACCUGAGCCUGGAGCAGUGUACUUCUCCUGCCAACCUCCCUUCCUCGCUCACGGAUCUCCAGAAUGAAGGUUACAGAACACCAGGAGUGACAAGGAGGGCCACGGACUCUCAGCACUGUGGCCCUGCAGAUGUGGAAGUAACUGGGAUCUAGGCGCUGAGCCGACACUGGCUUACUCACUACAUGCUCUGAUGGAGGAGGCUCAGCCAGAUGAGGGACCGUACAAGACGCACUCCUGUCAGGCUGGUGGCCCUUCUGUCAGUUGCUUCAGUACAGGACAUCAGACAGUCAGCCCACACAGGUCAGAGCUGCACAGUUGGGACACACAUGGACACUGCCCUUCCAGAACAGAUGUCAGCUCUCUGGAUUCUGUGGUCGUCUGGCUACUCUAAUGUUUACUGAUAAUGCUCAUAGGGAUUGGUCCCCAGAGGGAGAUGAGCAGGACUCAGGUAGCCCUCUCUGAAAGCCUCCCAUAAGAGAUCCUGGCUGCCCACAUGGGUUUCAAGAAUGCAGGAGGGCUAGGCUAGAAAAGAGAGAGGCUGUGCGGGAGCGCUGGUUCCCACUCUAUCUCUGUGCCCAUGGGUGUACAUUGCUCCUUCAUGUGCACAUGCGUGUGCGUGCCCAUCUGCUGUAUACAGCACACUUGCAUGUCUCAUACUGGCACAUGCAUCUGUAAUAUAGUUUCUAUGUCAACUUAUGCCUAGGAGCAGAAGGUAGCCCAUUGUCAAAGGGCUCCCAUUUCAACCCAACUCCUCUGCACUAAGGCAGCCAGUGUAACCCAGGGCUUGAAAACAAAUAAUCUAAUCCUAUCUCUAAGAAUACUUUUAUAGAGUGAAUAGGAGGCGAGUUAUGCCAACCAAUAAAUAGCAAAGAGUCAGGGAGCUUCACCGAUGGGACCCACACAGGAAAAGCUCGGAGUUGGGUGGCUGGCUCAUUGUCCCCAGCAGAGCCAGGAAGGCAUGCUCACUGUCACCUGUUGUUGAGAGCUUUGGUUGGCUUUGGUUUUGAAUGUAGCACAAGUGAACAAACUCCAUAAGAGUGUUUAUAAAAAUUAACUUCUUAGGAAGUGAAUUAAAAACAAUAAAAGCCCUUUGUUGAGUUAAAAAAAAAAAAAAAGGCUUUGUAUGUCUUC